GUGCCUGAUGUGCCUGGAUGGACAUAGUGGUUUCCGGGCAGCAGCAUGGGUUGCAUCUCCGCUACCUGAAGCAGGAUGUGCUGGGCUUUGUAGUUUACACAGAUGAACGAGUACAGGGUGAAUUGUAUCAUGAGGCACUGACAGUGAUACGCAAGGACCUAGAAGAGAUAGUUCGAAUUCUGCCACAGACAGUGAUACAGCGAAUUCUUUCUUCUCCAAUCCAGAUUUGGGUAAACCUGAACAAUGGCGCUGGCAAGAAGGGCUGCUGUUGCCACUGUAUUGAUCUCCCUGCUGAAUACAUGGCUUGCAAAUUCCAUUCCGUGGAGAUCUUUGACAUCAAGGACUUUCUGCAGCAAACUCAAGUGCAGCCAGCCCAACUUCUACAUGAGUUCUCACAUUGGCUUCACCAUGACAUCAUCAGAGAGGAACAGCAGAGCCAGGAGCUCGAGGGUCCUUGGAGAGCCAGUCCAGGGGAAAUUCGUGCUCCCUCAGAUCAUUUCAACAACUUUAGUGCUGCAGAUGACACGCUUUUGUAUCAAAUGUCCAAUUUCCAAAACCACUGUCUCAAUGGCAACUUUGUCUUGGACAAGUCCAGUCCAAAGACCGGUAGGACGCUGGACUAUUCUGACCUCACUUUGGUUCAACGGGACAGAACGAAGUUCAAUCAGCGAGUCAUUUGCAGAUGCACAGAUCGCUGGUCCACAAUGGAUUCAAAAUGCCCAGAUCGAUGGCAUUUGGAGAUCGAUGGCCAAGUUUUGGCAUAUCGCCUUGGAAUUGACUUUGGGAUGAAGGUGGCUGGCUGGUUCGAGUGGAUCAAUGGCCAGUGGCGUUCAACCAAUGGCACGGCCGAAGCAUCGCCUUCCGAUGUCAAGACUGUACUGCUUGUGGAUGGUUUUCGCCAAGCCUUCCUGAACGGAGACUACGUUGCGAAGACGUCGCUGGAUUGGUAUCGCAGACAUGCACGAUGUAGUCAGGACUCUGGAAGCUCAAGAAUUUGGGUGAACCAACGAUUCACUGGACACGAGACAAUGCUACGAUUUACCAACAUGUUUUCUCAUGUGUCAGAUGCUGAGGCUCCAUUUGACAGAUGGCAUCUUGAGACAAGGGGAUUUGGAUGCAAUGCUUAUCUUUGUGAUGUGGAUCCAACGGCGAAAGAUGCGAAAGGCAAGUGGAAGGAAGCAAUUUUUAGCCCAACUGAUCAACUGAUUUUUGAAGCUUACGUUUCGAGUCUUCCACUGUACACCCGUUCAUGCCAGCGGGUUGGCCGUGAUGCUUGUGAAGCUCAUUAUGCUGCGACGAAUCACAAGGAAUAUUUCGCUGAAUGCUCUGAGGCCUACUUCAGCACUAAGAGGUUUCGGAACGACUAUUUUCCCUACAUCCAUGAAGAACUGAAAGCUUACGAUCCAGUUGGCUAUGCCAUGUGCGAAAAGAUUUGGGGACCAAGAACAGUGGAGGAUGAAGUUGAAUCCAGAUACUUGAGCGAAUUCUGGCCGAAAUCCAAGAGUGAUGGAUCCGCAUCAUCAUUGCUGGCGACAACCGAUGGCAAGCGCAAAUUCCUGGCCCUUGUUGAUGGGGCAGCGCGUAGCCGGCGCCAGCAAGUGUUAGGGCUUUCGACAUGAACGCUAUAUGGAUAGAUCUGGCUUUGUCUGAAAAUAAA